CUUACAACAAGUUUUCUGUGAAGUGAAAGCGAAAGAAUCCUCACCAAAGCGCUCAAUUGUUCGGAAUUAAAAUCUUGAUAAUGAGUUCUUCUGAAGAAAGUUACGGAUCUAAAAGCAGUCCAGCUGAGGGCAUUCACUUCAAACUAUCUAAACAGAAGAGACCAGACCCGUCUACAUCAUCACAUCUUUCACUGAAGAGUAGCAAGUCAAUUCCUCAACCACUCAACUUCAGUAAUGAAGCAACGACAGAAAGUAGUUCCUCUGCAGUGCAAGAGCAUGGUGACCAUAGCAAAUGCUACAGUUUGUUAUCUAACGUACCAGACAGUCAAUCUCAGCUCCUUCAUAUUGUGGCCAACAUGCGUACAGAGGACUUCAAAACCUUUAAAACAGACCUAAGUGAGCAUUACCCAAAAUGUUUGGGUAGUCAUCCAGAGGAGCUUACUGUCACUGGUGUUGCAGAGAAAUUAGUGGAGAGCUUUGGAGGAGAGGGAGCGUGGAGGAUCACAUUUUACUUUCUACAAAACGUUAAUCCUCUUCAAAAAAUCACAGAAGCCAAUAAAGCAAACCUGAAGCACAAAUGUCAGCAGAUAAAUGAAGGAAAUUCAUCUCAUGCUAAGCAAAGUUUGUUAAAUGAGAUCUACACAGACCUUUACAUUACUAAGGGUGCAAGUGGACAGAUAAAUACGGAGCAUGAGGUGUUAAGGAAUGAGGUGAUUUCACAAAGAAGAACUACACCAGAAACUCCACAGGCGUGUAACGACAUCUUCAAGACACUGCCGGGACAAAAAAGGACAGUCAGAACCGUUUUGACAAUGGGGAUUGUUGGAAUUGGAAAGAAUGUGUCGGUGCGGAAGUUCAUGUUAGACUGGGCGGAUGGAAGAGCAAACAAAGAUAUCAAAGUCAUCAUCCAUCUACCAUUUCGGGACCUCAAGCAGAAAAAGGGCAACUGUAGUCUCCAACAACUCAUUCAUCAAUAUGCUCCUGAGCUGAAAGAAGCAAAUCUUUUUAAACUAAAGGUGCUCUUUAUUCUUGAUGGAUUAGACGUCUGUCAGUAUCCGCUUGAUUUCUAUAACAAUGAUCACUGCUCUGAUAUAAAUGAAGAAACAUCUGUUGAUGUGUUGCUUACAAACCUGAUCAAGGGGAAUCUUCUUCCUUCUGCUCUUCUCUGGAUAACCACAAGACCAUCAUCAGCCAAUCGGAUUCCUCCUGAGUGCAUCCAUCGAGUUACAGAGAUUCGUGGGUUCAAUGACCAUCAGAAAGAAGAAUAUUUCAGAAAGAAAAUCAAAGACCAGAAACAGGCGAAUGAAAUCAUUACUCACAUCAAAUCAUGUCGAAGUCUUUACAUCAUGUGCCACAUGCCGAUAUUCUGCUGGAUUUCAGCCACUGUGCUUGAAAACAUGUUGAGUAAUGGAAACUCUGAUGAAAAACCCAAAACUCUGACGGAGAUGUUCACUCACUUCCUUCUCAUUCAGAUCAGUCUCAAGCAUAAGAAGUUCAAUGGAACCAACACAGAAAACCCAAAGAAACUCUCUGAAUCAGACACAACAUUGAUUCUGAAACUGGGAGAACUGGCUUUCCAACAGCUGCAGAAGGAGAGUAGUACAUUCACUGAAGAUGACCUGAAAAACUGUGGCAUUGAUGUCAGUAAAGUUUCACAGUACUCAAUGUGCACAGAGAUUUUCAGAGAGGAGUUGGGCUUGUAUAGAGAAAAGAUCUACAGCUUUGUGCAUCUGAUCCUUCAGGAAUAUCUUGCAGCACUUUAUGCUCACUUUGCAUGUGUUAAUGAUGGUAAAAAUAUACUUGUCCAAAACAGACCCAAGUCAAGUCUUUCAGCUGUUCAUCAGAGUGCAGUAAACACAGCUUUAAAAAGAGAAAAUGGACACCUUGAUCUCUUCUUGCGCUUCUUUAUGGGUCUUUCAGUUGAACCCAACCACACUCUCCUGCAAGCUUUCAGGAAAGGUGGUUUAUCUGAAUCCUGCGCAAAUAAAAACAUGAUAGACUAUUUACAAGAGAAGAUCAAACAGGAAGCAGCACCAGAGAGAAUCAUCAAUAUAUUUCAUUGUUUAAAUGAACUGAACGACAGCUCUCUUGUGAGAUCAGUUCAGUCUGCAAUGAAAUCAGGAACACUCUUAGGGAGUGAGCUGGACUCAGAGCAGUGGUCCGCACUGGCUUAUGUCUUACUCACAUCUGGAGAGGAGUUAGAGGAGUUUGACAUGAAGAAGUUUCACACAUCAACAGCAAACCAGCUCAGACUGCUGCCAGUACUCAAGAUCUGCACAAUAGCCAGGUUGGAUUGCUGUAAUCUCUCAUAUGAGUCAUGUGAGAGAGUGGCCUCAUCUCUCCAGAUAGUGAACUCAACUCUGAGAGAACUGAUUCUGAACAACAAUAAACUCAACAAGUCUGGAGUGAACUUACUCUUGUCUGGACUAAUAAAUCCACACUGUCAACUACAGAAGCUGGGAGCCUGCUCCGGAUACCACUGCAGUGGCAGUGAUGGCAUUGGCGGCCGCCUGUGUCUGGGCGGACAUCAUCCCCUGCUACCCCGAGGACUCCUGCUCAGAAUUCCCACCCACCUUCCCUCUUUCUCCUCCGUCUAGUCUGUCUCCGCUGCCACUGCUUCCUGUCAGCCCCGUUGCUCACUCUCCAUGCACCAUCGGUGCUGUUGUGCUACCACGGGGCUGCCUGUCAUCAGCACCAUCGCGACUGCAGGAACCCUCGUCGUCGCCUCUUGCCUCUGAGCCCCAGACUCCAGCUCGGCCCAUCGAACCCGUGGCGUCCCCUCAGCCGCAUGCUCCCUCAUCUCCAUUGUCGCCUGGUCGUCCACUGGCUCGGCCGGGCUCCUUCCUCCCUCCGGAGCCGCCUGGGUCGGUCAGCGUGCCGUCUUCACCUCAGGACUCUGCUCCUCCUGCUGCGCCCCGUCGGCUCUGUUGGCCUUCUCCCUCCCGUCAGCUACUCCUUGGUCAUCAGUCGCUCCUGUCUUGCCGCGGACUCCCAGGUCUCAGUCUCCGCCUCAAUCAAGUGCGACUUCGGUUCCACGUGGGUCCGCUGCAUCCUCGUCGUCACCCUGUUCCAUUGGCUCUCGGCCUCCUCCUCGGCCUCCUCCACUUUGGCCACAUGGUCUACCUUGCCCUAGUGCCUGACCCUUGUCCACCCCUCGUCCACCUCCUGAACCCCCUCCUUUUGUUACGGCGCGAGGACGCGCCUGGAGAGGGGGGGAGUACUGUAACACUCUCCGCCUGUACGUUCCCUAUCGGACUCCAAUUCCCAUGAUCCUUUGCACCCACACCUGUCAUUGUUGAUUUCAUCUGCACCUGUUUUCUAUUGGACUCAUUAUUUGGACACUAUUUAAGUUUCGCCUUUGUCUCUGUUCAUUGUCGGUUCUACUGUUUACUUGAUGGUAUCUCAUGUUACCCUUUUGUUAGCUGGAAGUCAUGAUUUUUUCGUGUUUUCUGAAUUUGGAUUUAAAUUGUACCUGUGGAUUAUGUACCCAAAAGAAGAUUAAAGCUUGUGUUAUUGGCAAUUUGUUUGUACGUCGUCAAUCCUCGUCUGAAGAUAUCGUGACACAGGCUGUGAGUCAGAAGCUGUAGACCAGGGGUCCGCAACAGGUGGCCCGCUGGCCAAAACUGGCCUGCCAGCAAUAAUAUCUGGCCUGCGCCAGCAGCAUUAUUUUGAUUAUUUUGCCCACAGCUGGUUCUGAAAUAGAUCUGUCACAAUCACGUCUUUAGUGAAUUUGCCUUAAAAAUAAAAAUACUUUAAUGAAUUGAGAACUUUAAAUUUGAAAAGUUCUGAAAGAUAUUCUAAGGAGUUUGUCGAUCAUUAGGCACACUUCUAAAAUAGCCAUCAUGAAAUAUGGGGAGCAUUGAAACGUUUGCUUAUAACGCGGGGCCUCAGCACCAGAGGAUGUGAACGAAGUGGAGAGAGAGUUCAGCGUUAAUAUUUCUCGCGGAGCGGAGAGCGCCUCUCUUAAAUUUCCGCUCCGCUCGCUCAACAUGCUCAGAGUCGCUCGCUCAGCCCUCUUGGUGAUUUACUUUUUUGCUGCUGGAUUAUUGUCCCAUGUACACCACAUGAGCAUGAUGCCUGAAUUAUAGCACAACGGCAUCCGCAUCAACUACAAACGCCUCUUCCAUUUGCGGAGGUGCGUGGGCGACAAGAGGUUUGAUACAGGCUCAUUUCAGUUAAAAAAAACAUUAUAACAUUUAUAUUUAUUUCUCUUAAGAAGACAUUGUGUCACUUACCCAAUGUAACUGUUGCUUUUCUGAAAUAAAACUUGAAUAAACAUCGAUGUCAUAUGCGGCCGAAGCCGACAAAUGUGAUCUCCGUAGGACGCAUGCAGCCUUCAAAGACGAAAAUGCUGUUAUGUUUGAGGUUUGACGUUUUAAGACCGCUUUUCCCCUUGUUUUGGUCUAUUUUUCUUUAGAGCCUGUUUCUUUUAUAAACCCCGGUAAUAAUAAAGGUAUUCAUAGUGCAUUUUAUCUUUUGUGCGUUUAUUUUGAAUGUUGCACUAUGGCAGCUAUAUGUUCACGGAAUCAAAAUAACGAAAAUCAAAUUUACUUUAUCAGUUAUUAUACAGUUAUUUUAGGUACUCUUUAAAUAAAAAAUGACUAAAAAUAUUGGCUGCAGUCACAGAAUGUCGGACUGAAACAUAACUGUUCUUUUUCAGCCUACUACUUAAACUGAGACAUUUAUUCAAGAAGUUUAUUAUAAACUGAAAACAAUUAGGCUUACUAGACACAUUUUAUGUCAGAGCGGGAUCUGAGCGGGAUUUGGUUUACCGGUGAGCAUGAGUGUAAUGUGAGCGGAGCGAAGCGCACAGUCAUUGAGCGAAUAUAAACACACACCGCUCCGCUUCGCUCACAUGCUCUGCUCAGCACCAACACGUGAACAAUAACAAAGCAAAUUCAGCUUCCUUUUUUUUUAAGGUGCCAUGCUUCGUCUCGUAGUGCCGUCUAAUAUUAUAUUCUUUGCAAACAGCGACAACUUAAUUGCAGAGAAGACACACCGGCUUUGCAUUUACAAAACUAGGUAGGAUGAAUGCUUAGAUGUCUUUCCAUUCCUCUUUGUAUGCCCUAUUUUCGCUGUCAACUUUCCUCUUUAGACUCUUUGUUAGUGCCAUUUUCUCUCACCAUCUAGCUUAAAUGUUAACAUCACUCUGCACACGACGUAAUAGCGUACCCCCUGCAGGCAAAAAAAAUGCAGCUUAGUACGUGAGGAGUGUAAAUAAUAGGCUACGUUAAAGGUCCAGUGAGGGAUGUUUUGUAUGAUCUAUUAACAGAAAUGCAAUAUAACAUACAAAACGUCUUGGUUACGGAUGUAACCUCGGUUCCCUGAUGGAGGGAACGAGACGUUGUGUCGAACCGACAGAAUGGGGUUUGUCUUGAGAACCUAUCAUCUUCUGAGUA